AUGGCGCCAACGACCCCUGGCUCCAAAUCAGGAGGGAAAUAUGCAAAUCCGACUAUCCAGAUCGUCGUUGGGAGAACGAAACGAACACAACAACUGUUCCACGUCCAUUACGCGUUCCUCGAGAAGACCGACUUCUUCAGCGUUCAUGGGCCCCCUCCACUGCCUACGGCCACGGCCACGGCACCGACACCAACUCGCGGGUGGGUUUCUAUGAACUCGCCGGCGGCGACUGAGAACGCUGCGACGCCAGAGCCAGAUGAAGUCAAAGUGGAGCAAGAUAUCGAGGAUCAAACUGCCGAAACCGGUGAAUACAGCGGCGCUUCACCAACAGCUACCGGUGGUGCCGCCAACGCGCCGGCCUACAAUCUCCAGGGUCUGAUAUAUGAGCCUGCGGCGUUCGAGGUCGUCGUCAAUUUCCUGUACAACGAGCCACCCCUUCCACCUAGCAGCUCAACCGAAUACAGAAUACUAAUGAAGGCAUACAUCCUGGCACUCCAAUAUCGUAUGCCCGGUCUUCAAGAUGAUCUCAUCGACUGUUUCCGGAAUUUCCAUAAGGAGCACAGGAUCAGAUUUGCUGACCUUUUCUGGAUCUCUGGGCGUAUCGGGGAUGGUGAGGCGGUUUGCGAAGUCCCAUUGAUUCAGUACUUUGUUCAUCAGAUCGCAUUCGAAAUUUUCCAGGGAGGGUACGAUAGCUUCGUCCAGCGCAACGAUGACUUCGAAAGGUUUCUAACACAGGGCGAUCGGCCUCUACGCAAGCGGCUCUUUAGGGCUAUUGCUCAAGUAGCCCAAGUAAAGAAGCCCGAAGACCCUGCACUUGGGCCCAACCGAUGGAGAGUUGUCGACUACCCCACAUUUGAGCGCAGCGCCGACACCACUACUUCACAGACAGCCGAUAUCAUCGAGCUCGACUGA